CCGGGAACCACCACGGACCCAGUGACGCGAGUACCAUCUGUGGGUUUGGCACUUACGAAUCAGCACGGCGUACUUUCCGACGAGACAUCUUCACACGACGACGAGAGUUUUACAGGCAAGCUCUUCUUUGACGCGUGAGUGGAGGCGCAAGAGGCUCAGUGGCUAGGUGAUCCACCAUGAAAUUGGACUGGUUGGCCAUUCUCCUACCGGCCUUAGAUCUUGUCAGCAGCAAGUUCAUCCCUUCGUUUGCAGGCCCGUACACCGCGUUCGUCCACACGAUUGAUGCGUGUCCGUCCGACGGGACUUUUGUGCUUCAAUUUCGGCCCACCCACUUCAACCGUGCAAGACCAAAUGAAAGGCAGAGAGUAACAGGGAAUGCAACUGUAAAAAAACCUGUAACCGACAAUUUUUGGUCAACCGUUAACUUGGCGGUCCGAGCCAAUAACGAAUGGAAAGAGAAUUUCUUUGUAAACAAAUUCAGCAGGCAAGGGUGCACUGCGAUCCGCCUGCAUUCGCCGGAGCUGUUUAACCUCGUGGUGAAAUACACCGGGGCUUCGGCCGACAAGAACGCGCCCUGUGUCAUACCGCCGGGAUUUUUCGUGGUCAAGGAUGAACCCAUCUCCUGGACCUUUCCUAACUUCCCCAUCAUGCCUUACGGACGGUACCGUUUUCGAGGAACAAGUCGAGACAGCGAGACAAGCAACAUAACGAGAUUAUGCAUCGACGUGGACUGCGAAGUCAUUCCGAAGAUUCGUCUGUGUACAGUGGAUUAACCAAACUUGCAUUCUGGACUUGCCGAAAGGAGCUGGUAUCCUCUGAAAUGAGUCACGCGGCACGGCUUCCCCCGCCGCCAGGCAGCGCCCGUAGCGCAGUGGUACCGAGCUCGUCUCGUAUCCAAAAAGUCCCGGUUCGAACCCGGGCCGAAGCGAACAAGUGAAAAGUGGAAAGGAGGUACCGUCACACGUUGGUGGUUCAUAUCGUUCUCUUGUUGAUUUCUUUCUCUUUGAUUAAAAUAUGGCACUUUUAUUUAAUAUUUCAGAGUAGCAGUCUGAAAAUGUUUUUCAGACAAGUAGUCUGAAUUUGGAAUUCAGACAGAAUGGUCUGAAUAAUUACUCUGAAUUUUCAGACCACUAGUCUGUUUAAAAACUUCAGACUAAAAUUAUGAAAUUUCAGUAAUACUUUUUUUA